GGGCGGCCGUACUCGGAGGAAUACGGCGGCUCGGCGGCCGGUUGGGCGGUUUCCCGCCGCCGCCGGUGCAUGAGCCCCACUGCGCUGCCGCCGCCGCCGGAGUGCAAGCCGCGGCCGCGUCCCCGAGCCGUCCUGGCCUUGGCGCCGCGACCCCCGCGUGUCCGCUGGCAGCAUUUAGCCUCGGGCCGUCGCCCAGGCAGCCUCUGCAGCCUCCCUACGGCCUCCUGCCUGCUGCCUCCAUGAAGAAAACCAACAUGUGGUUCUUGGAGCGGCUUCGGGGGUCCGGGGAGAACGGCGCUGCGGGGGGCGAGGGCGGGGACAAGGCCUCCAAGGGGCCCUUGUACAGCAACGUGCUCACGCCCGACAAGAUCCCCGACUUCUUCAUCCCCCCCAAGCUGCCCGCCGGCCCUGCGGAGCCCGAGGGGCAGGCCGAGCUGGGCCCCGCCGCGCCCGAGCAGAGCCUGGCGUCGGCCGCGCCCCGCCGCGCCCCCCGGAGCCCCCGACUGCCCGCCAAGCUGGCGGCAGAGAGCCGGAGCCUGCUGAAGGCGGCCAGCCGGCACGUGAUCCAGGUGGAGAGCGCCGAGGACUGGCCGGCGGAGGAGGCCGGCACCAACGCCGACCCGCAGGCCCAGGGCGCCAUGUCCCUGCCCUCCGUGCCCAAAGCCCACACGUCCUACGGCUUCGCCACGCUGGCCGAGAGCCCCCACACGCGGCGCAAGGAGUCCCUGUUCCACAGCGAGCACGGGGCCCUGGCCCAGGUGGGCUCCCCGGGCGCCGGGCGCCGUCGGGGGGCCACCAAGGCCAACGGGGGCGACGGGGUGCCCAAGGAGGCCAGCGGGGCCCUCAUGAGCCCCAGCCGCUACUUCAGUGGUGGGGAGAGCGACACAGGGUCCUCCGCCGAGUCCUCCCCAUUCGGGUCCCCUCUGCUGUCACGCUCCGUGUCGCUGCUCAAAGGCUUCGCCCAGGACGGCCAGGCCAAGGUGAGCCAGCUCAGGCGCUCAGUGGGCCGCCACGGCUCCCUGUCUGCCGACGACAGCACACCCGACACGAGCCCCGGGGCCCGGCGCCGCCUGACCCGCAGGGCCGCCCCGGAGCCGGGCCCCGAGCCGGGGCCUGCGCCCUGCACCGAGCACGCAGUGCGCAUGGGCCUGCGGGGCAGCGUGCGGCUGCUGGCAGAGUACCAGGCGGCCCAGGCGCGCCUGCGGGUGCGCUUGCUGGCCGCCGAGGGCCUCUACGACCGCACGUGCGAGGCGCGGAGCAUCAAUUGCUGCGUGGGCUUGAGCCUGGUGCCCGGCAAGCUGCAGAAGCAGCGUAGCACCAUUGUCAAGAGCAGCCGCCACCCGGUCUUCAACGAGGACUUCUUCUUCGAUGGCGUGGGGCCCGCGAGUGUCCGAAAGCUGGCCCUCAGGAUCAAGGUGGUGAACAAGGGCAGCAGUCUGAAGCGGGACACGCUGCUCGGGGAGAAGGAGCUGCCCCUGGCCACCCUGCUCCCCUUCUCCUAAGGGCCGGGCGCCCCUCCCCUCUCCUCCCUCCCCACCCCUAUCGCAGAGCAGGAGGCCAUUUGCCGGCCCAAGGGGAGAUGGGUUUAAAGUCAGACCGGUUUCUGGGCUGGAGGUUCUCUGGGUUGCCCAUGGCGACCAGAAUAAUAUUUUUCAUGGAUUACUUUUUUUGGAGGUGGAAGAGAGGGGCUGCCUGGGAGGGGAAAGGGCCGCUUUGCUGGGCUCAAUGUCCCUGGUACCCCCAAGUUCCACACUGCCUCAUGCCUUUCGGAAAAAGAAUCCUCGCCAGGAGGUGGCCUAGGGGAUCUCAGACCUGGAGGCCGCCAGUCCUGAGGCCCGGCUGAAUCCUUUCUCUGCUGCACCUGUGUCCUCCUUUGCAGGCCUGACAGACUCCCCUGUGAGCAGUGCCAGGCCUGGGUUCUGCCAGCGGUGCCCCACGGGCAGUGGGAAGCACCCCCUCCCAGGUGAGGCUGGCUCCGGGCAGCCUUAGGUCCUCUCAGGCCCCUGAGGCAAGAGCCCGUCAGAGGGAGGAGGGUGACAUGUCUGACAGCCCUACCUGGUAAGAGACAGCUGGAGAAUGGAGACGGCAGUCCCAGAAGAUGAAAUCCUGAGCCGUUGCUCCUCUCCUGUCCCUGGGAGCGAGACAGUCCUGCUGUCGGCUGCUUUCCUUCAAUGAUGUUUUGGCUUGCUUUAGGCCCGCCCACCUGCCCCUGCCCUGGACCCCGCAGCCCUGCUGGGGCAUCUGCAGCCUCCCUCCCUCGAGGGAGUUGCUCAGAAGGUGUCCAGGGAGCAACCCCCAGCCCCUAUUCUUCCCUGCCCUUCCUUGGCCGCCGCCCUGCGGUCCUCCCGUGCCUUUGGCAGCUGGGUGCCAGGAAGUGGUGCCUGUUGACUGAUGGACCGCUUUUAUUGCACGUGUGUGAAUAGGUUUUGGUUAGAGUGGGUGGGACAAAGUGAAGAGGGGCAGGCUGGGGGACCCUGGUGGUGGCUUUUCAUGCUGCUAGGUGGCUACAUGGGCUCAAUUAUUUUAUCAGUGCGUGGGUCCUUGAAAGAUUUUUAUAGAGGUUUACCAGCUCAACCAAACAGAAACGGUAGUUUGAAGCAGGGGCCAGGCCGGCUGUGCCCCUCCGUGUGUCCCGGUCUUCCCGUUGGGCACCGAUGGACCAUGGGGAUCCUGGGGGCCUCCCUGUCCAAACACUGCCCCUCCCAAGUCAGUUUUUCUAAAUCCUGGGGUGGGGGGUGGUGAAGGAAAAUGUGUUCCCAUCUGCAUGCCCACGAGACAUCCCAGUGAGACUGGGAAUGAAGGGCCCUUGGAGCUGGGGUCCCUUGCUGUGCCCCCCACCCUGGCCUCCAUCCUGGGCCUGGGCUUUCUUGCAAACUGCUCCUGGCAUCAAAGGGGAUCCCCCUCACUCUGGAACGUGGGGGCCACUCAGGGCCAGAAUUGUGGGCUGGAGGGCGCAACGGAAGUUCCUGCACUGAGUUAGAGGCUUGGAGCUUGCAUCCCCUUCCCUUCUCUCUGACCCUGACCUUUCCCACCCCUUUUCCUGCCUGGCCUCUUUAUAUGCCCCCACACUGAUUGGUAUCUUUGUGCUCCACGUUGACUAUGGGUAAAUCUUUGAGACAUCCUCCUCCAAGUGUGUUUGUUUAUAAAUGCUGUUUUUAGUGCAAUAAAGGUGUU